UCUACAUAAGCAAUACACACACACAGUGUAUCAGUUUCUCUCUCACAUACACAGUUAGUUAAAGCAGUCUUCCACACAUCCAUCAAAGAAGCAGCACAACGGCCUGCCUUCAAUUGCCUGGCCUUCCCUCCCUCUCCCACCUAUAUAUCUCCUCUCUCACAUAUAUAUGCAUACGCAUACACGCAUUCUCCGUCGCACUUCCACUUCCACUUCCACUUCCAAUUCCAAUUCCAAUUCCAAUUCCAAUUCCAAUUCCACCAAAUUAACCGAUCAAUGGGCCUACACAACCACCUCUCCGACCUCUCCUCCCAAUCAAUCCUCAUAAUCACCGCGGUUCUCCUCGGAAAAAGCUUCAGCUACCUCCAAUCCCUAAUCCUCACCUUCCUCCACAACCUCGGCCUCCUCUCGCCCCCUCCGCCCUUCCACGCCCUCAACGACGUUGUCGGCUCCGGCCUCGCCAGCCUCAUCGUCCUCUGCCACCAGCUCGCCGGCUGCUCCUACCCCAACCACCAGGAUCCGGACGCCGACUGCGCGGUGUGCCUCAACCGCCUCGCUCGCGGGGACCGCGUGCGCAGGCUCGCGUGCCGCCACGUCUUCCACAAGGAGUGCUUCGACGGCUGGCUCCACCACCUCAACUUCAGCUGCCCACUCUGCCGCGCUCCGGUGGUCUCCGACGACCACGUGGCAGACCAUCUGCUGGAUUGGCUCCCACCUCACGGCGCGUGAAUCGAAUUUCCCCCUUUUUUUAGCCCUAAUUUUUUUGUGAUCGCUUUCGGGGCCACAUUUGACUUUUUCCUUUGUUCUUUUUGCCUUUCCAAUUGAAAGUGGGAGGGUUUUGCAACUGUUUUUUCCAACUUUGGAAUAUGUUUACUUUUAAUUUUUUAAUAUGAAUAACUGUUUUUACUA